CAGUCCGCAUUUAAUUUUAUUUGGUCGCCUGCUAACAGCGACAUCGGUUGCGUCUCGCCAAAAGUAAUAUCACGCUCACGGAAUUCAGAAACAAGUAAAAGAACAUCAAUAAGUUCAGUGACAAGCCGAAGUCCGUGUUUAAACCGUCAUUAAACAACCGUUAAGAGUGACCAAAUCGCCAAAAGAAGACAGGACCAAUCAAGUGUGGCCAGUUGUCAAGGACCUCUUACGUUAACUGCCAUAACUAGAGCGCGAUACGAUCAAUCGGAAUCAAUUUCAUUCAGUUUUAUUGAACACUCAACGCCCCGUGCAAUCCAUAAUCUCAACGAUUGGACAAUUGCAACUGUAACGUGAAGAACACAAAUUGUCAACAAAGUCGUAAAAAAUUCGCACACUCUGGCAAUAAAGUAAAUGAAACAUUAACAGAAAUAAGGCGAAAAAGUGCAACUAAUUAAUUACUUCACAGAAGGCGUACAUAGCCUACAACACGAAAGUUGGCGCAAUAUGAGCCGUUGGCUUUAAAAGGAACAUCCCAUCAGCAGGAGCAACAUCCAGCAGAGGAGAGAGGAACAGUGGAGACCCGGUCAAAGUUCAUUUGGAAACCGGAGCAAUAAGCCCAGGGCGAUACCAACAAAAUGGUUCACGGACCGCCGGCCCGCAGAAAAUCCCAGCAGCAACAUGAGCAGACCUGCGAAAUGGAUCUCGAGAGACAGCCGACUCCACCGGACGGCGGAUGGGGCUGGGUGGUGGUCUUCGGCUCCUUCAUGAUACACAUAGUCACCGAUGGCAUGACCUACUCCUUUGGCAUCUUCUACAAUGAGUUCCUGGAAUAUUUCAACGAGGGCAAAGGUUAUACGGCCUGGAUUGCCUCCAUAAUGGUGGGCGUGACCUUCUCUUCUGGACCCAUCAGUUCGUCGUUCGUGAAUCGCUAUGGAUGUCGAGCGGUGACCAUAGCGGGUGCCAUCUUGGCCUCCAGUUGCAUCAUCGUGAGCAUGUUCGCCCAGAAUGUCCUCACGCUGAUCAUCACGAUUGGCUUUGGAACUGGUUUGGGCUUCGGGCUCAUCUAUCUGCCGGCCAUCGUGAGUGUGACCCAGUACUUCGAGGCCCGGCGAUCCCUGGCCACGGGCAUCGCGGUCUGCGGCUCCGGAUUCGGCACUUUCGUCUUUGCCCCGCUCACUGAGUACCUGAUCGGGAACUACGGAUGGCGAGGUGCGAUGCUGAUCAUCGGCGGCAUCGUGCUUAACUGCAUCAUCUUUGGGGCGAUGUUCCGUCCCUUGGAACUGGUGCCACCAUCCGCACAAACGCCGCCAAACACACCGAGCACGCCCAAGCUGGGCAAGAAGUCGGCCAUUAUCGAUGAGAACACCACCCCGGCGGAACUGGAGCCCCUAAAGAUCCUGCCCAAGGAUCAGUACCUACAGCUGCCCCAGCGCACAGAUACUCCGGUUUCGGGUGGCGGACCUGGUGGUGCCCUCUGCCGAUCCAAUAGUGUAGGCCAUAACCUUAAGCCCAGUUUGAACAACAACUCGAAUGGCGCCGUCAAUGGGCAGGGACCCAUAUUGGUGACCCCACCGCAGGCGGUGGUGAAGAGCACCAGCAACGAUGACAUCGCCCGCAAGUGCCACAGCCAGCUGCAGCUGACUCCUCUGAGGGAUGCCCAUCGCGAGCGGAGUGCCAGUGGCACCAUGUAUCGCCCAGAUGCUCUUUACCAGGGCUCGCUGCACAACCUGCCCGACUAUGUGAGCUCGAGGAACGAUCUCAACCGCUCCAUUUCCGGAUCCGGCGUUAUCAAGCGGUAUGGAUCUCUUCGCCAAAGCAACAAUGUGUCACAGAGUCAGGAGGAGACCAAGUGCUGCGGUUGCAUUACGUGCUCCAAGGAGACCCGCGACACUUUCGCCGAGAUGAUGAACUUCUCCCUGCUGAAGGACGUGAUCUUCGUGAUCUUCUCCGUGUCCAAUUUCUGCACGAGCAUCGGCUUCAACGUGCCCUAUCUCUAUGUGGCCGCCUACGCGGAGACCCUGAACAUCAGCAAGACGGAGGCCAGCUACCUGAUAGCCACGAUCGGAGUGGCCAACACAGUGGGCCGCAUCAUCCUGGGCUACAUAUCGGACAAGCCGUGGGUCAACCGGCUGCUGGUCUACAAUGUCUGCCUCACCGCCUGCGGAAUUUCCACUGCCAUGGUGCCGCUGUGCCAUGACUACCAGUCCCUGGCCUUCUACUGCAUCGCCUUCGGCUUCACGAUUGGAGCCUAUGUGGGCCUGACCUCGGUGAUCCUGGUGGAUCUGCUGGGACUGGACAAGCUGACCAAUGCCUUCGGCCUGCUGCUGCUCUUCCAGGGCAUCGCCAGCUUCAUAGGUCCGCCCAUCGGAGGUUGGAUGUACGAUCUGACGGACUCGUAUGCGCCGGCCUUCCUGAUGGCCGGUCUCAUGAUCGCCAUCAGUGGCGUGGUGAUGUUCGCCAUUCCGCCGCUGCAGCGCCUUCAGGAGAAAAAGGCGGGGCAGAAGCACCACGCGGAGCACCUAGCCCUAAGUUAGUCCACCCACAUCCAUUGUCCGCCCCGUGUUUUUGUUUCCAAUUUUUUUGUUUUUUUUUUCUAUGGUAACUAUAAAUCUAGAUAUAUGCUGAUAUACUAUACUAUAUGUAUAUUAUAUACUGAUGCACACGACAUUUGGUUAGAUUAAGUCCUAGACCUAGGCCAGACAUGUAUGUAUGUGUGUAUGCCACAGCCAAAGCAUAUCAUAUCUGAUUAUUUAUGUAUAGGCAACUACACACGACCCACGAACCACGACCCCUGAACCCAUUCCCAUAAACAAGCUCCAUUGCAAAUGUAUACCUAUAUGUACGUACAUAUAUCCAUAAACAAAUUGUACUAGAGGAAUUAAUGUUAUUCUAAUAUGACUGUAUGCGUGUGCGUGUGUCUGUCUGUGUAUACGCCAUUAAAGAAAGCUUUUCUACAAUAACAAAAAACCAAAAAAAAUA